AUGGAUCCUAACAGUGUAAUUGGAGACAACUCUUCACUUAAUGAGUCCCAUACUACGACUGAAAAUAUGUUUAUGCUCCGCGAGUAUGUAAUUGAUAUUACCCAAAAUAAUAAAUGGUCAGGUUAUAAGAAACCUUACAUUUCAAAGAAUCUUACAGAAGUUCUUUUACUCCCUGAAGAACAACCCCCUCUUACGCAAAUUAAGGAGAAUAUUAUUGAAGAGUUGAAAGAAUCAAUUAUAAAAGGAUCGGCUAAAUCUAAAGAGCCCUCUCUUGCACGAAUUGAGAAGGUAGAAAGUGACAAUUAUACACGAAUUGAGAAGGCCAUCGAAGAGCUGAAAGAAAAAAUAAAUAAUAUGUCUAAUUUAAAGUAG